AUGGGUGCAACCUUUCAGCGCCAGCGUGACUAUGUGUUCACCCUACCCAGUGUGGAGGAACGUCUACGUCAAGCGGCCGGCCAAACAUUGGCGACUUAUGUCAUUGGCCAUGGGCUUAAGACUCCUAAGGAGGUGGUGAGCUGCCAGGCACUUCUUGAGAGGUACCUGGAGCCGCACCUAACCACUUAUAGUCAAUACAAGACACGCCUUGACAUACAAGCACGUGGUGCACCGGUUCCACCGAUCAAGGGUACACCCAUUCUCUUGUUCGCAGGCGAAACAGUGAUCGAAGAGGACGAUGCCUUCGUUCGCUGGAUGCACCAUGAUUAUGCCAAGCUUAAGGCCAGAGGCCAAUUGAGCAAGCGCACGCUCUAUGCUUCGACUACUACGGAAGCCGCAAGUGCUGGUUAG